AUGUUUAACCACGAGAAACCACAGACCACGCCCCUCUGUGGUGAGGCCACGCCCCCAUGCCACGCCCCUCUGUGUGAGCGUCAGUCACAGCGGUUCCAGCCUGAGGCUCGUGUUGAUUCAGGAGCAGAGAUGGAGGCCUGUGUGAUGAAACCAGACGUCAAGAAGAAACCCAAACCUCCUAAACCUCCUCCACGGCCUCCUCCUGGUCAGAUAAAUACAGUGGAGUCUAAUUUACUCGAGAAACCCACCCCGGUCCAGAGAAAGACGCAGGUCCAGACCCAAGUCCAGACGCAGGUCCAGACCCAAGUCCAGACGCAGGUCCAGACCCAAGUCCAGUGGGAGAGAAGGACCCCGAUGGUCCCCCCGCGGCCCUCAGACUCAGAGCUGAAAUCUCCCAGACAGUUGAGUGAGCGCCGCAGAGAGCAGACCACGCCCACUCAGGUGAGCAGAGAGCAGACCACGCCCACUCAGAGCUCCAGUGUGACAGAGCCGACCCUCAGAGCAGACCCUCCCAAACACGAGGGAGGCCUCAAGGCCGUCAUGAAGAAUCUGCAGUUUAAACCCACAACGAAGACAAGCAGAGACCCCAGUCCAAACCCGAGCUCAGCCGAAGCCUCGUCCAAAGAAAACUCUGAAAAACACAAAGAAGCAGAAGCCAAAGUGGAAAAAGGAGGAAUAUUCAGUGGGAUGUUCAAAAAGGCUCCGAAAACAACAGAAGCCGCUCAGAAUGAAGAGGAAAAACAACCUCUGGACGAUGCCAUUUCCACGAGCAGCACUGAAACUUCUGAAGGGACUGCUAAGGAAAAAGGAGGGAUUUUCAAUGGGAUAUUCAAGAAAGCCCCAAAACCAACAGAAGACGCUUUAACUGACGAGGAGAACCUGGACAAAGAGCUUUCUUCCAGCGCUGAAAAUCUGUCAGAGAAAAAAAAGGAAAAAGGAGUUUUCAGUGGCCUCCUCAAAAAGACUCCAAAGACAGAGGCAUCGGAGGGAGAUGAGAAGAAGGAUGUACGAGGCAGCAGUGAUGAUCUGACUGAACGCAGCUCAAACACAGAGAAGAAUAUUUUCACCAACAUCUUCAAGAGGCAAAAAACAGUGGACGACCCUGAGCCAGAGAAGGAAAAACAACCUCUGGACGAUGCCAUUUCCACGAGCAGCACUGAAACUUCUGAAGGGACUGCUAAGGAAAAAGGAGGGAUUUUCAAUGGGAUAUUCAAGAAAGCCCCAAAACCAACAGAAGACGCUUUAACUGACGAGGAGAACCUGGACAAAGAGCUUUCUUCCAGCGCUGAAAAUCUGUCAGAGAAAAAAAAGGAAAAAGGAGUUUUCAGUGGCCUCCUCAAAAAGACUCCAAAGACAGAGGCAUCGGAGGGAGAUGAGAAGAAGGAUGUACGAGGCAGCAGUGAUGAUCUGACUGAACGCAGCUCAAACACAGAGAAGAAUAUUUUCACCAACAUCUUCAAGAGGCAAAAAACAGUGGACGACCCUGAGCCAGAGAAGGAACAAUCUGGGGAUGAACUUUCAGCGAGUAACGAAAAUCUGUCUGAGAAUAAACAGGACAAAGGGAUGUUCAGUGGACUUCUCAAAAAGACCCCAAAGACUCCAAAAGAAAGAUCAGCUUCACCAGAGCGAGACGACAAAGACGAGACGACGGCGAGCGGCGACGAGCUGACUGAAACCACCAGAGAGAAAAGUAAAUUCUCCAGCCUAUUUAAGAACCCCCGGAGACCAGCAGAGGGCGCUGCAGCGGAGCAGGAAAAAUCUGCAGAGGAACUUUCAGCGAGCAACGAAAAUCUGUCUGAAAAUAAACAGGAGAAAAGUGUAUUCACCAACAUUUUUAAGAAGCCCCAGAAACCAGCAGAGGGCGCCGCAGCAGAGCAGAAUAUGAACAAUGAAGAGGCGUCUGAGACUGAGACUCUGUCUGUCUCCACAGCUCCUAAAGAAAAGAAAGGAGGAUUUGCAGGAAUGUUUAAAAGAUCUUCAAGUAUUGACAACCUUGACAAUGAGGACAGUAUCUUCAGUGGAAUGUUCAAAAAGUCAAAUAAAAACACUGAAGUAAAGUCUGCAGACGAGGAUUCUGCUGAAGACAAUCCACUUUCUGCAAGUUGUGAAAACUUGUCCGAAGUCACAAAAGCAAAGGACAAGUCUGGAGGCUUCACGGGGAUGUUUAAGAAGUCACCAAAACCUGCGCCACGACUCGCCACCGACGAGGAUCCGCUCAGUGACCCUCAGUUUGAGUUUGGAAACUGUGACAGUCUCCACGACAACACAGAGGGGGAAACUCUGUCAGUCAGUACUGAGGACCUGUUAGCAAAGGAAAAGAAAUCAGGGUUUGCUGGUUUAUUUAAGAGGACGCCAAAGACGCUGGAGCCACAGGACGGUGAAGAUGAGCCGCCGGCCUCUGGUCUGGGAAUAAAACGCAGAAAAACGGUUAAAAAGAAAAAAAGAGUCGUGUCCUUCAGGAUAAAAAAGACCCUCCCCAGAUUCCCCAAACUCACUGCACAGGAAACGGGCAGAAUGUCGACCAUCGAGGAGACGGUGGAGCUGCAGGAUCUGAACCCGGAGCAGGCGGUGGAGGUGGAGCAGGUGGAGGUGGAGCAGGUGGAGAUGGCUGCGUAUCCGACUGAAGGAAACGCACUGGAGACAGAAGAGGAGGAUGAUGAGCUGAUGGAGUGGUGGAAAACGGUUGCAGGUUGGGCCGAGUGGAACGAGACGUCGAAUCAAGAGGAAAAUGAGCAAGAAGUGAUGGAGGAGGCGGCCGAUCGUGUGUACAUGGCGGCGCGUCUGUUCGUUCAGCUCUUUAACCAGCGGGGGGCGUCGUUGCAGCAUCGGAUCCUGGAGCUGUUAGCGUUAGCAGACGCCGCAGACCAGUUUCAUAAAAAGACAGUUACAGCGGCGGUGGGAGGGGGCGUGGCCAGCGUCGCCGGGAGCAUCGCCACAAUCACAGGUCUGAUCUUGGCUCCGUUUACGUUCGGAGCGUCCAUCAUCGUGACUGCGGUGGGAAUCGGCGUGGCCACAGCCGGAAGCAUCACCUCAGCCACAGCCAACAUCACAGACACCGUCCACUCCAACAUGGACCGCAAGAACAUGGAGAAGAUGAUCCAGGGAUACCAGGACGAGGUCAAGGACAUCCGCGAGUGUCUGGAGUUUGUACAGGAAGGUAUCGACACGCUGCAGGAGUGGGACUUUGAGAAAUUCUCAGAGAGCGCCGCAAAAAAGGCUUUAAACCAUAACAUCAAACACGUGGUGAAGGAGGGCGGCCGCGCCGGAAAAGCCUUAAUGAUAAACACGGACAAACUGAUCAGUACAGUGCAGGUGCUCGGGGCAGCAGGGGGCGCCGCUAAGGCGGUCCAGGCCAUAAGCGUCACCACCGGAGUCAUGUCCGCGCUGUUCCUCGCAUUAGACGUUUUCUUCUUAGCCAAAGACUCACACGAACUUCGGAAAGGUGCAAAAACCAAAUUUGCUUCAAAGAUUCGUGACGUUUGCAAAGAUUUACAAGCCGGACUUUUGGAGCUGAACAAAGUGAAAACACAGCUGCAAAAAACGAUGGAUGGAAUCGAGGUGGAGGAAUAUGAGGAAAUCCAGGAAGUAGAAGAAGAAGUGGAGGAUGAUCUGGAAUCUGACCCGGUGAAACUGGCAGAACUCGAGCAAGAGUUGGAUCUUAUGGAAGAGAAGUUGGAUAAAAAAGUUGAGGAGGAGAAAAAGAAAAAGAGAGAAGAAGAGAAGAAGAAGAGAGAGGAGGAAGACAGGAAGAAGAAAGAGGAAGAAGCAAAAGCAGCAAAAGAAAAGCUGCUCGAAGAGACAGAAGAUACAGAGGAGGGUGACGGUGAUCUUAAAGUCAAAUCAGAUGCAAAAAAGUUAAACGAAAAAGAACCAAAGAAAUCAGAUGAGGAGAUGUCGGAAAGUGGAUACAGUGUCAAAGAAUCCAUUAAAGAAUUCUUCAAAGAUCCUAUUCUGAAAGUCACCAAGAAAGAUAAAGAUUUAGAAAACAAAAUGACAGCAGAUAAAGAGAAAGGAGAGAAGGAUAAAUCUGUACUGGGCAAGAAAUCGCACAAAAAAGUAGCAAGUUGGUCUGGAAAAGUGUUACUAGAAGGUAAAGAGGAGGAGGAGAAGACAACGGGCAAAUCUAAAAGUAAAAAACAAGACGAUAGAGUCAAGAUAAAAGGUCAGAAAGAGAGUCAGACCAAACAAGAAUCAACAACUGUGAAUGAAAACAAAACUGUACAAGAUCCUGAAAAAGGAGAGGACAAAACCUGCGUCGCCAAACAAGAGCUGACGGCUAAAGUCGAUUUGAAAGUUUCAGUCAAAAAUCAGGACACGGUUAAAGACGAUGUGACGAGAGCUGAGGAGAGAUCCAGUUUCAAAAGUUUACGGGAAAGCUGGAUGGCCAAACAGGAAAAUGUUUAUUCCAAAACUACCAAAGAAAUUCCUAAAACUGAGACAAAUGUGGAUCAGAAAGUCAAGAGUAUCAGGGAGAACUGGAUGGCAAAAGAAGAAAUUAAGACGAAAACUGACGAGAGAGUUACGAGUCCUAAGGAAAGUUAUAAGGGACAUACGCCGGCCGACAGUCCGAGUCGUUUUAGAAGUGACAGGAAUCGGGUGGAGACAGAGGAAAAACAAAGCGGCCAUUUUGAAAGAGGCGAGGAGGCGGAGAGAGGGAUGGCUCAGAGCUGCGCUGGCACAGAUCGGACAGACGGGGGCGCUCUUCAUCACUGCGUGGUCAUGUCCUGCUCUUCUGGAGCCAAGGCCUGA